GCCAUUAUUCUCACAGGAGGCCGUUAGAGGGGCAACAAAUCGCGCCAGAGCAGCGUGUGCACUGUGCAGGCGCUCCGCUCCUUAGAAGUGGCAGAUCAGAUCCCUCCCUGCCAAUCUGAAGUGGAUCCGGAUGAUACAACAGACGCGUCUGGUCCGGUGGAUCCAGCGGGACUGAGCCGCCACUGCUGCCUGGUUUUACGCGGGGCUUUCAGCGCCAGAGGAGGAGGAGGAGGAGGAGGUUCAAAGAAAAAAAAAAUUGAAAUUUGCAUUACUGAGGACCAGGAUCCGAUUAAUCAGUCUCCUAGAUAUUGGACGGCGCGUGCAGCCUUCGGUGUCUGCGUCUGCGCAGAGCGCUCCGUUUGGUUUAGGUGAGAGGAGCGUCAGACAGCGUGUCUGCAGGUGCGACACGACCAGAUUCCGGAGCAAGUAAGCAAGCAGCAUGGAGCUGAUGAAGAUCGCCUUGUCUCUUCCCAUUCUCCUGUGUCCUGCAUGGACCGUGUCCCAGCACUCUUACCUGGACAGCAUCCUCUCGCCUCGGACAGCGAUGCAGAGGAGCGGCCUCCCGGCGCUCAGGUUCCUGGAUGAGGCGUUGAGGUUUGACCCCUGUUGUCUCAUGUCGCCUCCUCCGCCGCCGCUCUUCCCUCCUCCUCCUCGGCUUUGGAGGAGGGGCACACCUGACGAGCCAAGCUUGUUAGAACGAAAUGUUUUGGGAGGCGAAGUGUUGGAUGGUAAGCAGCCUGUUACUCACGAGUGUUCACCAGGACCUCCAGGACCACAGGGCCGCGAGGGGGAAAUUGGAUUACCUGGUAUCAGGGGGCCAAAAGGAAAAAAGGGAGAAAUUGGACGUCGGGGGCAAAGGGGUCGCCCUGGAGCUCCGGGUCCUCCGGGGAAACCAGGACUUCCAGGAUUUCCUGGUCCACAAGGACCCAAGGGAGAAAAGGGGGAGACGGGGCUCAUGGGUUUGCCAGGGCUGCGAGGUCCUCCGGGAACAAAGGGUUUACCUGGGUACAAAGGCGACAAGGGGGACCGUGGGGACCGUGGCUCAGCAGGACCAAAAGGGGACAAGGGUUCAAUUGGUUUGCCUGGCAUGCUUGGGCAGAAGGGUGAGGUGGGCCCAAAGGGAGAGCCGGGUGUUUCAGGGAAGAGAGGACCAACUGGGAGACCAGGGAAAAGGGGCAAACAGGGCACGAAGGGCCACUCGGGAGCACCAGGAGUCAUGGGGCCCCCAGGACCUCCAGGUCCCAAUGGCCUCCCUGGACCACCUGGACCUCCAGCCUCCGGUCUCUAUCUGGUGGGGGAGAAGGGGGAGAAGGGCCUGCCAGGACCGGCUGGUCGCUGCGACUGUGACGCUGCACUCGGGUCAAACCACGCCCCCUUUGGAAACUACUACACACAGCGACGAGGCAGCAGCAAGCUCACUGCGAUAUUUGUGGUGAACAGCGAAGAGGAGAUGGAGCGGCUGCACGUGGAAAACGCAAUCGUGUUAAGAAAAGAUAAGAGGAUGCUUUACUAUAAGGACAAAGAAGGCUGGAGCCCCAUACAGCCUUUUCAACCGUUCCAGUCUACGGAGACCGUCCCGGAGAGGGUCGGCGUGUGCGGGGACGGGAAGGUGCAGGUCCAGCACGGGGAGGAGUGCGAUGACGGGAACCAGAUGGUCACCGAUGCUUGCCUCAACUGUAAGUGGGCCUACUGUGGAGAUGGAUACCGACACGAGGGAAUAGAAGAGUGCGAUGGGAAAGACUUUGGUUAUCAGACCUGCAAAUCCUACCUACCUGGGUCCUUUGGGCAGCUUAAAUGCACCGAGUCCUGCCUCAUUGAUUCCACCAGCUGCAAGUACUUCACCUGAAUGCAGAAGGCCUCUCCGAAUGCAGUAACUGUACUUCAGGUUUCCUCUGAAGAAUCCAGACUUUGAAAUAAGUGAUGCGCUGAGAGACUGCACCGAAGCACCGCGGUUGCGUCUGCUCCGAGGCAUGAAAAGUCACGGAAGUUGGUUUUAUUUAUUUUUAUUUAUCUUUUUUUUUUUUUUACAUGAUGUGUAGCCUCCCUCGAGGUUUGGUCUUGAACGUACCUCAGAGAUCAGCUCCAUUGGCUGCAGCACUGUUAGAAAAUCAUCAGAGAUUUGGAGUGGGAAACGUUUUAAGAAUCUAACAAUUGUAUCAUAUCAAAUACUUACACUGUUUAAGACCUGUCGACUGUUAAUGCGUAAAUAAGCUACCUGCUCUUUCAUACAAGACUUUGGAAAACGGCAUCGUAUUGUAGUAUGCACGUCUGAGGCAUUUGUAUGUCCUUACUCCUGUGCAAUGUAUAAGCAAAACAUGUAUUUAUGAACUGUAAUGUGGUGACAUUGCAUGCAAAUAUGUAUAAUUGCACAACAGACUGCUUUCACUGUUAAACGCUGUAGCCAAAAUUGUGUCCCUCUAGCGGAGAAAUAGCAAAUAAUCCGACAGGAAAACAUGAAUGUCCUUUAGGAAGAAAUAACAUGUGGUUACUGAAGCAGCAUGAAGUAUGAAUGCAUAUGUGUACAUAUGAUAAAAUGAUAUCAAUAAAGACUUGGUCUUCA